AGACUCGUGCAACCGGAGCUCUUCAGACGUCAGCUCGUGCUCACCGGAGGAAGCAGAAUAAUGCUCAUAAUAUCACCAGCCGUGUAUUGAUACGCUGGUACUACCAACCGGUAAUGAAUGGGGAAUUAGGAAGGGUGGGAAUCCGCCUCACGCGCAACACCCCGCUUGGUUUCUACCGGGGAUUUUACGGAGGAGUACACACACCGAGGGCUUUGAUAUUAACCCGGCCGUGACCGACCUAUUAUCUGCGGGGCUGGCGUCCUUCUUCUCGCCGGUGAUUUAAGGGGAAACAAACAGCCAAGGAAGUGUUGACAGUGUGUGUGGGACCUCUGUCGUCGUGAGCAAUCAUGUUCCGUAACAGCCUGAAGAUGUUGCUGGGGGGCAAACCCCGCAAGAACAACAACAACGGCGGUGGCAGUGGCCUAGAGUCAGAGGGGUCAGAGGUCAGGAUGAUGGAGGGAUUCACUCGUUCGCUUCCCUCGUCUCCCCUCCUCAACCUUCGCCUGGUAAAAAGAACUGGCGAGGAUGAGGAGUUAGGACCCCCACCCUCAGUAGACGAGGCGGCUGAUGCUCUGAUGACCAGGCUGGGCUUCCUGCUUGGGGAAAAGAUAAUCGGUGGAGAGCCGGGGUCCCCUUACCACGCCCAGCAUGAUAGAGAGAGGAUCUCUCCGUCCUCCAGUCUGGCCAGUAGCUGCACCUCCCCCUGCUCCACACUGCAACCUCCUGCUGGAGGGGAGGGCAACGACGACAACAGGCACGCCUCCUCCAACCACGCCUCCGUCACCUCCCCCACCUCCACCCUGGAGAGCAGAGACAGCGGCAUCAUAGCCACGUUGACCAGCUAUUCGGCUGAGUCGGCAGCCGAACGGGACGACAGCGGCAAGGAUCCCGGUGACGGUUACCGCGGCAGCAGCCUGAAUCUGUGGCAGCAGGGGGGCCGGCCGGUGGUGGCCUCCAGCUCCUCCUCCUCCUGUAUGGCGGCGGUAGGAAGCGCCAACGACGGCUCCCUCUACAGGGUGGAGGACGUCAUGGCCGCCUCCACUUACAGCCUCAACAAACUCCACCCUGGCUCCGCCCUCUCAUCAGGCUCCACCCACUCCAUCCCUCUCUACCUCAUGCCCCGGCCCAAUUCAGUUGCCGCCACUAGUUCUGCCCACCUGGAGGAUCUAGCCUAUCUGGAUGAGCAGCAGAGACACAUCCCUUCAAGGACGUCCCUCAGAAUGCCCAGACAGAAUUCUGGGAGCCGUAGUCAACAGGACCAAAGAGUUCGUUUCACUCCGUCUCUCAACCUGAAGCCCCUCCACUUUGAGGUCCCGGGUCUCUCGUCUGAUUGGCUGUUCACUGGCAGGGAGUGGCUCUUCCAGGAAGUGGACGCUUGUCUUCGCAGUGGUGACCCAUCAACCAGUCAGGGCGUGGUGAUCAUCGGCAACAUGGGCUUCGGCAAAACGGCCAUCAUCGCCCGCCUGGUGGCGCUCAGUUGUCAUGGAAACCGCAUGUCGCCAACUGCCACCAGCAACCAGACCAUGCCUAAACAUGUAGAGGCUGUUUCUUUCUCCCACGACUCCCUGGGAAGAGGAGGAGGGGGAGAGGAAGGAGGGGGAGGAAGCUGUCCCGGGACUCCAGAGAUGAGGAGAAGACAGGAGGAGGCGCUGAGGAGGCUGGCGGGACAGGUAGUCUCGUAUCACUUCUGUCAGGCUGAUAACUGUCACACCUGUCUGGUUCCCGAGUUCGUCCACAACAUGGCGGCGAUGCUCAGCGACGCCCCUCAGCUGUCGGCCUAUCGGGAGCUGCUGCACCGGUCGCCACAGCUACAGAGCACGCUCAGUCUGCGCUCCUGCAUCCAGGAUCCAAGCUCCGCCCUCCAGAGAGGGAUACUACAACCACUGGACGCUCUCUACACAGAGAGGAAGUUGCACGUGGAGGGGGCGGGGCUUAUCAUACUGAUUGAUGGGCUGAACGAGGCAGAGUUCCAUCGGCCGGACUACGGCGACACACUGACUUCCUUCCUGUCCCGAAACAUCCAGAAGUUUCCUUCCUGGUUGAAGGUCAUUACCACUGUCAGGACCAGUCAGCAGGACAUCACUCGUUCUCUACCUUUUCACUGCAUCUCUCUGGACAGGAUGGAAGAGAACAGCGCCAUAGACCAGGACCUGCAGGGUUACCUGAUGCAGCGUAUCCACAGCAGUGCGGAGAUCCAGAGCAACGUGUCUCUGAGCAACGGUCGCCUCGACAACACGGCACUGGCCAAGCUGAUUAGCCACCUGAAGAGCUUGAGCAGGGGCUCGUACCUCUACCUGAAACUGACCCUGGACCUGAUAGAGGGAGGUUACCUCGUCCUGAAAAGUUCCAGCUUCAAGGUGGUCCCUGUGAGUCUAGCAGAAGUCUACUUGCUGCAGCUCAACAUGCGGUCCACCCAGUCAUCUUUCCAGAGAGUUCUGCCACUGCUCAACGUCACUGUGGCGUCGCUGCACCCACUGACCGACCAGCAGCUGUUUGAGGUGGUGAAUGCGGGCACUCUGACUGGAGGAACGCUACACUGGGGGGAGUUUGUGCACCGUCUGGAGCAGCUCUCCUCUUUCCUAGUGCGGCGGAGCGACGGCAACAGGAUGCUGAACCACGCCUCGUUCAGGGAGUGGCUGAUGUGGAGAGAGGAGGGUCAGGACGACAGGUUCCUCUGCGACCCGAGGAGCGGUCACACUCUCCUGGCCUUCUGGCUCUGCAGACAGGAAGGAAAGUUGAACCGACAGGAGACGCUGGAGCUGGGACAUCACAUCCUGAAGGCUCACAUCUACAAGGGUCUGAGUAAAAAGCUGGGGGUUUCCUCCUCAGUUCUGCAGGGGCUGUGGCUGUCCUACAGCACGGAGAACCUGAGCCCUGCUCUGUCGUCGCUGCGCAACCUCUACACCCCCAACAUCAAGGUGAGCAGGUUGCUGAUUAUGGGCGGGGCCGACGUGGAUUACCGUAGCGACGUCCUCAACAACGCGCCCCUGCUGUGUGUCCACGCUCACCUGGGCCACAGCGAUGCUGUGGCACUGCUGCUGGACCUCGGCGCUCAGGUGGAUGCUCGGUCAAAUGACGGCUUGACCGCACUGGGAUUCGCUGCCGCAGCUGGACAGCUGGACAUCGUCACCAUGCUGAGUCAGCACUCCGCUAAGGUGGGUCAUGUGGACAGCUCCGGCCGGUGUGUGUUGGUGCACGCGGCCCAGCGGGGCCACCUCGAGGUGCUGCGCUUCCUGCUGAAACGUGCGGACUGGAGCUGCACUUCCUGCUGCGGCCAGAGGGGGGCAAGCAGGGUGCAGGCGGUGCAGCAAGCACUGAUCGCAGCCGCCAGCAUGGGCCACACAGAGAUGGUGUCAUACCUCCUGGAUCUUCCAGAGGAGGACGAGAAAGAGGAGGAGAGACCGGAGAUCAACACAGCUGACAGUCUGUGGGGGGAGACAGCUCUGACAGCCGCAGCAGGAAGCGGCAGGCUGGCUGUCUGCAGGCUGCUGCUGGAUCAGGGCGCUGCCGUUGAGCAAGGCAACAGGCGGGGCGUGGCUCCCCUCUUCAGUGCUGUGAGACGUGGCCACUUGCAGGUGGCGGAGCUCCUGCUGAGUCACGGGGUGGAGGUGAACAUGGUCGACCAGCAGGGUCGAACUGCUCUGAUGACGGCAGCCUCAGAGGGACACAUCACCACCGCCCAGCUGCUACUGGAUCAUGGAGCCUCUCUGGAGCAGGCUGACAGGGAGGGGUUAACGCCGCUGAGCUGGGCGUGUCUGAAAGGCCAGCUCCCAUUGGUCAGAGAGCUGGUGGAGCGAGGCGCGGCCACGAGUCACGCUGACCGCAGUGGACGGACGCCUCUGGAUCUGGCUGCCUUCUGCGGAGACCCAGAAGUGGUGCAGCACCUGGUGGAUCACGGUGCGUCGGUGGAGCACGUGGACUGCAGCGGGAUGCGUCCUCUGGACCGGGCGGUCGGCUGCAGAAACACGUCGGCUGUCAUCGCUCUGCUCAAAAAGGGCGCCAAGAUAGGACCAGCGACCUGGGCCAUGGCUACGUCUAAACCUGACAUCUUGAUGGUUCUGCUCAGUAAAUUGAUCCAAGAGGGAGACCGACUGUACAAGCAAGGUAAUGUGAGGGAAGCUGCUCACUCCUAUCAGUCAGCUCUCCAGAAGUUUCCAGGGGACGAGCUGAAGACAUUCAGACAGCUGAUAGUGUGUGUGCUGCUCAACCUGUCUCGCUGCCACCGCAAGAUGAAUGAUUUUGGCCUCGCCGAGGAGUUUGCCACCAAGGCACUAGAGCUGAAAGCUAAAUCCUACGAAGCCUUUUAUGCCCGAGCCCGCGCCAAACGUGGACGCAGACAGUUCCAUGCGGCCCUGGAGGACCUGAUCGAGGCCAGCCGCCUGUGCCCGUCCAACCGGGAGAUCCAGCGCCUACUGUCCCGGGUCAAGGAAGAGUGUCGGCAGGUGGCACAACAGCAAGACUCCCCCCCUCCUUCGUCGCAUCCUGUUUACCAACCAAACGUGGCCAUUUCCAUCAACGAGGCCAGGUGCAGAGACUCCGGUUGUCUGCAGGUGCAGGACAGGGAGGGGCUUACUGAGGAAGAGGAAGAGGAGGAAGAGGAGGAGGAGGAGGAGGAGGAGGAGGAGGAGGAGGAGGAGGGGAGUCACUCCUCCCCCUCGUUCCACCCUCAACCUCAAAGUUUUGACACCCACUGCAGCCCUGGGGUGCCAUCUCCCUCUUCCCUCUCCCCCACCCACCUGUAUCGACACCUCCCCAGUCCCACCCACUCCCCCUCCUGCUCUUCCCCCGCUCACUCUGCGGCUCCUCCUCCUCCUCCCCCGUCGUCCUCCUCCUACCACCAUUUUAGCGCUCUGCAGCGACCCAGCCCGAUGUCGGAAAGUAUGCCCGCGCUGUCCGGAAAUGGAGGUCUGCGCCAGCAUCCGCAGCCCAGCGCAGCCCUCCACCCCUCGGAGCAGAACCCGGGAGUGCAGCAGCUCCACCACCUGUCCCAUCAGAGGUCCUUCCAAAAGCAGAACCCUGUUCAGGGCCAGUGGCUCCAACCGGCCAAAGUCCAGGUUGUCAGAACCAGUCAGCCCAGUACCUCGGCCCACUCCAGCGUGAUUUUGGGAAGUUCCGCUUACUCCCAGUUUGGCCAACUGCCGCAAGAACUGGCCGAGCUGGGGGAAGGCAUUUGCCAGAGCCCUCCAGAUAUCCGGCCUAGCCUGCAGGUCCAGGCUGGUCUGACCUCCGGGCCUUCUUAUCCACUAGAUGACGUAGACGUUGACUUUGUUUGCCAGGCCCGAGCUGUGUCUGCCUAUGGGAGAGAAGCAGGAGGGGAGAGGGCAGGGGUAAAUCGAUUUGGCCAGGCCCGUCAGUUCAGUCGCAACCAAUCCAAAGCAGCCUACUAUCCCAUGGAAGUUACUGAGGCGACAGUGGGCCCUCCUGAUAGCCUUCCACCAAUGCACGAUUACCAAUACCACCAUCAGGGGGGGGUAUGGCGCCCGCUCAGUGCCCACCCAACCUCCUUCCCCACCCCUCCCCCCAGGCCUCUCGGCCACUCCCAGAGCAUCAGCGUCCGUUUCUCCACCAGCAGCGGCAGCCUUGCUGGAGGGCAGCCCGCCAGUCACGGCCAAGGCUUCAGGACGUCUGCCUCCGCCCAGCACAUGGAUUUACCUUCCGAUCUGAGCUCCGCGGGCGGGGUUACUGGUUAUCAUGACGACCUCUUUCUAAUCUCCUCUCCCCAGUCGGAAAUACGCAUGGCAGGAGGCGGGACGUAUCCCGGAGAGGCAGGCCGUUUGUCCCGGGACACUCCUUUUAUGGGCGUUGUCGACAGGACGGCGAGGGUGCACCAGCAGUAUCAACAACAAGCUCCUUCCAGCUCUGCGUCCUGUCUCAGCCCGUCUCGCUCCUGGGCCGUGUCUUCAGUGGACACGGUGGUCACCUCGCCUGGCAAAACCCCCGCCAACAAAGGAGGCUUCGGUCAACCCCAGCCAUCCUCCAUCGCCUACCACAACCGCAGCAACAACAACGCCCACAACGACAACCAGCUCGACUACUAUCCUCAGGGCGAAGGCCCGGUGCAAGUGGCCAGUCAGAAUCCCUCCUACCGGGAUGUGAAGCUGGCUCGAACUCUGCCGGUGACCCACAGCUGCUCAGACAGACCUAAUGACAGACAGAGGGGCCCUACCUCUCCUGUCAAACCAAAAAGACCCUUUGUAGAGUCCAAUGUAUAGAGAAAGCUUUAAAUGGUAAGUCAAAGACAAGAACGGAGGAGGGGUUAAAAAGAAAUGUGUGCACUCGUACCGUAUAUCCCUAUAUUCACUGGGGCUAUGGAAUUAUUAAGGCCGGGCUAUGCUUGAAAUGAACUUGUUUGUACGACAUGUAGUUCGUCUGACAUUUAGAGGGGCAAGACGCAAUAAACUUUUAAAUCUGGUUAACGGCACACACCCUAUCCUUGAAGGUUUUCAUGGUGCGUGGUUGCACUUGGUUGUACGCACUCGUAAUGAGGAAAAGAUGACUGAAGUUGUAGUGUGAAGAAAAAGGAGAACUUGAGAGAGAAGUUCGAAUCCCACCUACGUUUUUCACUUCCGCACACCCAGCCGAUGGCUGCCAGAAGUGUCCGUGCUUGCCGGAUUGUCGGUUUCGGGAAAGACAAGCGCUUUCUUUGAAACUUACCAACUCCGUUAUUGUUCAGAAGAGAUAGGGAGAAGCAGAAAUUAUACAUAUACCUUUUGAUAUGGAACAUUUUGCCUGUUACAGGUCAGGUCUAUCCAUUAACCAGCCAGAGGGAUAAGGGAAGGACGAGAAUGCUUAGACAUGAGACAUCUCCUGCCAUUACAAAGCACAAUGAGGAAGAGGAAGAUUCAAGGAAAAUGAGGAAAAAAAAAACUCAAAAAAGACUUCAGGUAGCACAAAAAAAAAAUCCUUCCUUCCUGGCCCUGUUCAUCUCUGGCUUACAGUACAUUGAACUGAUGUCUCCGAAUGCCCACAAUCUACGACUCUAGACGGCAACAUUUAGUGAGACACCAAACCACCACUAUCACCUUUGUCUGCUGCUUACGCUUUAAUGAAGAUUUUCAUUUCAAGUUUGAAGCGCUUACCUGAUACGACUGGAAACCCGGAUACAGUCACUGCGGGAUCCAGCCUCUAAAACCUGUGCCAGUCAGAUGCUGGUCAGUGACCCGGUCCCAAGCCAUAGUUUGAGAAACUACGAUGAUGCUGUCAUUGAAUAAGCACUGGCUUGCUGUAUAUAAAACAAACAAAAAAAAAAUAAGUGAUAUUUAUCUUUUUUAAGUUAUAUCUGUAUUAAACUGUAUAAAUAUUGUUUCUCUUAAAACUGUAUAUUCUUUUUGGAUUUGCCUUUAUACGUUUAUUUUGAGUUUUCUUUUUUUUUUUUUUACGCAGAACAUAGAAAUGGAAUCCUUUUCAAAGAAACAAAAAAGAAGAGCAAAUCAAUUUCAGCUUUGCUCAGUUUUGGGUUAACAUCUCUUCCUGCUUGUGUAUGAUGGCAUUGUUCUACAAUGAACACUGUAAAAAAAAAUGCCUUUUAAGGUUGUUGGAUUUUUUGCUUCAGGUAGAGUUAUUUUUGUUUUUCUAUGAAGGUCUUUUGUAUUAUGUAGUCCUAAAAGUCCUAAUUUAUGCAAACCACAAAGAUCCCAACUGAUCAUUCCAGGGCUCUUUACACUCGUUGCCAUGGAAACGUAGUGCUUACGCUACGUGCCCUAUGAGCUGGCGAUUGGCUCCUUCUAUUGUCUAUUGUUGUAACCAUAGAAAUAAAAUGGAUAGAAAGGCCAUUUCCAUUCAAAUCAACGUAGCAGAAUGGUCAGAACGUAUUAACUUCAGUAUAAGCCGACUUGCGGCGAGUCGCGGGGGGUGCGGUUUUGCAGCAACGGACAAACGAGCCGUGGAGGAGUAGCGUUAUGAGGCUGAGAGCCAGCAGCUAAAUGAGUCAAAUCGACUCAAUGCUUCAUCCACACAAAGCACAUUGCUAUUGCCACGAGUGACAGCUUAAUUUGGCUUGUUUUCUGUGAACGAUGUGGCAAGGGGGUAAGGUGAAGUUAAAAAGUUAACGUUAGCCAACAAACAAGUUGUUCACCGGCUGGCUGGUUCUGCCGUGCUGUCAUGCUAACGUUAGCGGCCCGCUGGGUCUAACGUUAGCGGCCCGCUGACCCACUGCCGCUGGGUCAAACGUUAGCGGCCCGCUGACCCACUGCCGCUGGGUCAAACGUUAGCAGCCCGCUGACCGACUGCCGCUGGGUCUAACGUUAGCGGCCCGCUGACCCACUGCUGCUGGGUCAAACGUUAGCGGCCCGCUGACCGACUGCCGCUGAGUCUAACGUUAGCGGCCCGCUGACCCACUGCCGCUGGGUCAAACGUUAGCGGCCCGCUGACCCACUGCCGCUGGGUCUAACUGUUCCUCCUCACUCCCUGCAACUCCAAGAACAUCUCCCGAGCUGCAUCGGGCAGCUCUCUUCCCAGCGAGCUACGACACAGUUUACGGCCCCACUGACACAUAUUGUCACCGUGACAACUAACAACAAUCGCCAUUUUGUUGAGUACCAAUCAAAUGACCACGGUAAACAGUCCAAUGGCCUUUCUAUCCUUUUUAUUUCUAUGGUUGUAACAUAACAAAAGCCAAAUGACUGUUGAUUAAACCCCUCCCCUCAGAACAGUGAUUGUCCAAUCAGAGCUUAGCUAAUGUAACUAGGCACAGCCCGGGCACAGCAUAGCCUGUCAAGUUCUAGAUUUUUCCAUAAUGUUGAAGAGGUGCUGGAAAAUCAAUACUUGACAUUUAAAAAAUUUGGAGGGUGGUGUAUUUUUUUCUAGCCUUUAGAAAACCACAAGAUCAAAUUUAAGGAAAUUAUUAAACUGCGUUUAUCAGCUUUAACGUCAGUAGCAUGCCUGGCUAACUACUGCUACAGUAGUAAUCAAGCAUUACUUCCCAGGCCAAGGAGCAUUUUAUUAACAAACUACAUUAGUUUGUAGGGUUAAAACUAAACCAAAUGUUUGCCUUGUUUCUUUAGCACCAUAUCGUGUAUGUAGCCAUCAAGUGCGUAUUUAAGAUCGCUUUUACAAGAUUCUAGUUUUAAAAAGAUUUCGCUGGUAACAUAAAGUCAGAGGGAGUUGGCAGAGUCAUGGAGCUAAUGUUAGCUUGAUUAGCUAGCUACAGCUCAUAAAAUCAGCCAGCGAAAGUUCAAAUUUCAGAUAGCAAUAGCAAUGGUUGUCGGAUAGAAAUAACGACCCUGCUUUGAUCUACUUCUGUCUGAAGUCAAGGACCCAUUGUUUCAAAAAUUACAAAAAAAUUCAACCUGUCACCUUAAACUGAAUAGAGAGGCAAAGUCCCUCCUCUUCUGGUGGACCCCAUAGUAACUUAUUUCGGACAAAAUAUGUACGGUAGUUUGAGACAAAAUAAUUAUUAGAUCCCGUUUGAAUUGAGCCAUGAAUUACACAUGAUGUUUGUCAGUGAAAGAUAAUUUUGCAAGUGAAGAAAGUCUGUUGUCAAUUAGUUUGUUGUAGGUUUGUCGUAGUACCACUUAGUUUUCUGUGAAACCACUCAGUGAACUACAUAUCCCUUCUUGUGCAAGGUUGCUGCCCGGCUUGCUCGCUAGCUAGCUAGCUUUCUUGACUUGCAAAAAUUUCUCUUAAAUUGACAAACAUACAGUAUGUGUAAUUCAUGGCUUAAUUCCAACAGGAUCAAAACAUUAUUUGUCUCUCCCCAUUCACUCCCAUACAUCUUUUUUUCCGAUAUAAAGGUCCCAUAGGGUCCACUGGAAGGUAAAAGGGACUUUGUUUCUCUUUCUGCGCCAUGUGAGACUGGAAAGAUUGACAGGCGUUGCAACCAUAACAAGGGGAGGGGGUUAGCUACCAGUCAAUCCCGGGGCUAGUUUUCCAGAGGGGGUGUGACUAACGGACGGGAUUCAGAAAGCGGGACUUAGCUUUCAUUUUUUUUAAAUGUUUUUUAUGCACAUGAAUGCCUGUUUGUUUUUUGUUUUUGUACAUUUCUUUUUAUGUUUCUAAUGAAUCAGCAUCUUGGUUUCAGAGUUGCUGAUGAAACCUCUGACCUCUCUGUCAUGGUACAGUCCUGGGACCACUGCCCUUAUUUCUUACUGCUCAGGAGUUUCCAGCUCGGAGAAGAUAUGGUAAUACUAAAUUACUCUGGUUCACAAGCCGUUUUUAUAGUCGGACAGCUGGUUAUGGUAUCUAAUUCUGGCCAGUUAGAAUGAUGAACAAGGCCACACGGAAUCUGCGGAUAUAAAUAAACUAACAUUAAAAGAAUGUUAAAACAUCACCACCACAAGCAGAAAAACACCGGACUCCGUUUGGGCCUGCUGAUGAAGUACGUUGAUUGUUUCAAGGAUAGCUUAAAAUUUAAAGUGAUAACUUGUGGAAACAGUUGUCAUAGUGCAUCAGUGUUGCUUUAAAUCCUUGAUGAGCCCGAUGACAGCUGUGUUGUCUGUCAAUAACAAUGUGUUGUGCUGUACAUGUAGGAUGUAACCACCCCCCCACCCAAACUACUCAGGGGGCCCGAGCCCCGAGUUUUGGAACACUACAGGUAAUGGAGCAGUAAUCGAGCAUUAUACUAACAGGGAACGCACACUGUUCGCUGUUAGUGUGAUGCUCUGGUGGGUUUACUGUGAGCUUUUUCACUGUGUGUAAAAUAAGUUAAUAUUUAAAACCCCAGGACGGUUACAACAAUUAGAAGAAAAUGAUUAUUAAACAUUUAAAAUGACAUAAAUGUGUCAGCUCAUGUGAACAUUACAAAGAGGAAUAAAGCUGAAUGAAAGACGGA